AUGGAAGGAGACGGCCGCACAUCUAGACAUGUGGAGACACCAGAUUCAGGCAGCGUGAGGCUGAGCGACAGUCCUGCUUCCCUGCCGAUUCGCAGCAAGGACUCUAGCUUCCACCCCGGUCACAAUCACAGCCGACAAUCUUCCAGCACCACACACACCCAGCCGAGAAUUGACGAAGAGGGCGAGGAUGGCAUUCCUGAAGCGCAAGACAGCCCAGGCCUGCAAUACCAUGCCUUCCCGGAGUCGAAGACACAUUCACGCACGUUGUCGCAGACGUUGUCGCAGACGCAGACGUUGAAGUUGUCGCAGACGUUGAAGUUGAGUGUGCCACAACCAAGUCUCCCCAGGCCGCCAUCAUCUUACAACAUUGGCAGCGAGCUUCGAGGUAGAACUCUCUCGCCUCUGAGCGCCAAUGGCUCUGAUCCCGAUUCUCCCAACCUUCGUGCGCGUGACCUGUCCUCGCAGCGAAGGUCACCACUCGCCAGGCCGCAUUCAUAUGUGGAACUUCUUGCCAAUAUACCCUACAACCAGCAGGUCCCGCCUUCUCCAUCCCUCAACAAUGUCAACUUGCAAUCCGUGGUCGGUAGUGCCGCCUCGUUGCUCGACACGAAAAAGACCCUGGACAUGUACCGUGCGAAUGUGAAGAAGACCAAAGAUGCUGCUGUUCAGUACGAGUUCGCCAUCUUUAUGCUGAAUGCCGCUCGCGAUGCCGAGCUAGGAGAUGGUCUUGACCCCACUGAACUGCAGGUCGAAGCAAAACAUAUCUUGCAAACUCUUUCAGACCGAGCAUAUCCAUUCGCACAAUAUUAUCUUGCAGAUGGCUAUUUCAGCGGACUCUUCAAUAAGGGUAAACCAGAUUACGACAAGGCCUUCCCACUUUUCGUUGCCGCUUCGAAACACGGGCAUGCAGAAGCGGGAUAUCGUGCCGCUUUGUGCUACGAGUUCGGCUGGGGCACAGCAAGGAGUGCUCCAAAAGCUGUGCAAUUCUACAAAGCCUCUGCUUCCAAAAAUCAUCCCGGAGCUGCAACCCGACUUGGUCUGGCUUGUUUGAACGGCGACAUGGGCCUCGACGCACGAGUACGACAGGUCUAUCGCGAUGGCGUCAAGUGGCUGAAGAGGGCUCAGGAGAGCGCUGAUCCGCAGUACAAUCAAGGUCCCUAUGAACUUGCACUUUUGCAUCUCGAGGGCUAUGGAAACGACAUCUUCAAAGACGAGGCAUACGCCGCGCAAUUGUUUACUCAAGCUGCAGAGCUCGGACACGUCCAGGCUAAUUUCAUCAUGGGUCAAGCGUAUGAGAAUGGGCUGUAUCGCUGCCCGAGGGAUGCCGCCUUAUCAGUGCACUUCUAUAAUGGCGCAGCAUCACGAGGUCACGUCGAAGCGAUGAUGGCGCUCUGUGCGUGGUACAUGGUUGGCGCUGAGCCAGUCCUGGAACGCGAUGAACAUGAGGCAUACGCGUGGGCCAAGAUGGCUGCCGAAAGCGGCUGGGCCAAAGCUGAAUACGCCAUCGGCUACUUUACCGAAAUGGGCAUCGGAUGCCGCCGCGAUCCUCUCGAAGCCAAUGUCUGGUACGUUCGAGCUGCCGACCAAGGGAACGAGACUGCAAAGCAAAGACUUGCCAUCAUUCGACAAGCUGCAAGUGGUGAUCCUGGUAUCCCAAUGGCCAAGGGCAACGCAAAGAGCAAUGAUCUGAAGGCUGGGGACAAGAAGAAGAAGAUUAUGGGUAUCUUCUGA